AUGGAAUUGAGGUAUUGCAUGGGCUUUUUGGUAGUCGAUCUAGAGGAAUUUGCUCCGGCCAUGGUCAUUCUUGAGGAAACAGUAAUGAAAUUCACGAUCGCUCUUGCAACAACAGGGCAGCCUCUAAUAUACACGGUGCCUGAGGAUGUUUCUGAAGCUGGCUCUCUAUUGCCAGGUCGAGGUCUCGAGCUGACUCAGAGACACCAUGAAUACGAACUGCCUGGCACUGCCUGGUUGCCUCAGGAGAUGCUGGUAGCCGCAUUCUGCAUCAACAUCGCUGCUCCGAUAGGCUGGGAUGACCUCUGUUUUCGUCCCUUGUUCAUUUUAGCUAUCAUGUCCUUCACCAUUCAGCUGGUAAAGAACAGAGUUCCGGUGACUGGCCAAGAUCUCGUCUACUCUGGCUCAGGGCGCAAGUGCGGAGAACCACGUUCGUCGCGAGGCAUAUUCAGCAGAGACUCCUCGCGAAGAUGCAGUUGCAGCUUUAACUUCAGCUCGAGCUUUCACUCUUCAAAAACAAGUCAGACUGCAGAAAGAAACAAAAGGACAUCCACUUUCUAG